AACAGAAAUACUGAGUCAAAGAUGGAAGCGAGAAGAAAUACUGGAUGCCAAAAUCAAAAACUUUCUAGCGCAUCCCGUGACUUGGCAUACUUCUACUGAUGGGACAAAAAUCAUAGGACACAUGAUUUUGAAGAAGCCUACAAAAGAUGGCGCUAGCAGCAUUUCUAGUGCGUCUGUUCUAGGCCUAAAAGUUGUGGGAGGUAAAUAUUUUGACUCGGAACAUCUAGGUGCCGUGAUAGAAAAGGUCACGAAAGGAAGUAUAGCGGAUACUAUCGGUCAUCUUAGGGCAGGAGAUGAAGUAUUGGAGUGGAACGGCCGAUCUUUGAAAGGCAUGACGUAUGAGGAAGUCUGCGAUAUUAUGACAGAAUCUCGUCAAGAGCCACAAGUGGAGUUGAUAGUUUGUAGACUUCUCAGCGACGUUGGACGAAUGAACGUAAAAGAAGAAACCCUUAGGAGGCAGUCACGAACUCCUUCUGACCCAGCUGUCGUCGAUCCGAGAAAGCAGAGCAGAACAGAAGGACGAAUAUCUAACACAGUGACUCCAUCUAGCUCUUCUGGUACUGUACUGCUGCGUACUCACACGCCCGUGAUUGGCGGAAGGAUACAGGUUAAGUUCUGGUACGAUGUCUCAGUUCUUCAACUCGUGGUCACUGUUGUACGUGCAUCCGGAUUAUCUUUAAGAGAUAAUCAACAGCCUCGUAAUCCAUACGUUAAGCUGUUCCUUUUACCGGACAGAAGCGAAAAGAGCAAACGACGAACAAAAACCAUUGCCGACACUAGUGACCCCAAGUGGAACCAGACGUUUGUGUAUUCUCCGCUGAGGGGGACGGACCUGAAGGCACGAGCUUUAGAACUUGCAGUUUGGGAUUAUGACCGAUAUGGAGUUAAUGAUUUCCUGGGAGAGGUGGUGAUCGACAUAUCUUCUGCACCGGUCAACAAAGAAGAAGAGUGGUAUAUUCUGACCAGUCACGAGGACAGCCUCAACGCACUAUUACAGCGGCAGAACAUGUAUCUGGAUACAGAGGCAGCAAGCACCAUCACAUCCACAGAUCACCCUUCUCCUCCUUCUACUCUCUCCAGACUUUCUGACAGCGAUAUGUCUGAGUAUGAUCUGGACGAUGGAAGUGCUCUUCUUCGAGAUCGAAGACUAGCCGACACAGAUGACGCUGGCUUUACUCUCAUGGGAAGCGACUCAAGCCCUCUGCUGGCAAGAAGUCAGUUUGGUGACGUCAUGGGUCGAGAUAUGUCACCAGUAAGCAGCAAGAGACGGUCCCAAAGACUUUCUACUCGAGAAGAACCUAUGUACGAUCACAGUAGGCGGGCUACAGUCACGAUUCCCGCUUCAUCAGCCACCAUCAGAGGGCGCUCUCGCUCAGCAGUGCACCAGAAAGAAAGCGGGAUGCAGAGAUCAAGAUCUCCUUCCAGAAGGGAAACUGAAGCGACAUCUAGGUCAUUAUCCCCAUCAGAAAUUAGACCACGUUCGUCCGUGAUAAAGUCCCCGACUCGUCAGUAUUUCAAGACAAAAGACGCUAUCUUGUCAGGUACACACCUCCAGAAAAAACGUCAGCUACCCACAAUUCCCCCGUCUCUCCGGCAAUCUUCACGUAACCAGAUGAGGCUAGAUAUGGAAGAAAGAGCCAGCCACUUAAAGUUUCGAAUACAGAUGCAGCGACGAGGCAGAGCCAUGACAUCUGGAGCCUUGUUUUCUGACAGUGAAGUUACUUCCAGAAAUACUGUGGAAAAGCAACUUCACGCCCAUCCCCACAGAGGGCAUGCACCAUCAGAUGGCACACGGCGAAUGGCUCCCGUAGUGGGGGCGAGCCCGGAGAAGGAAGCGAUGGCCAGGAUGGAAAGUGAUGGAUCAGAGACAAGCUCAGCCUCGAAGCUGAGUAUCAACAGUGCCUUCUCUACUCAAUCCGAACGACCCAGGGGCAGUCGGACUCUCGGCGAGUUCACCACCACAAUGCAGGGUUGUGGACCGGUGCAUCCGCCUCGGCCUGCUGAAGAAACUCGGGACAAGGGCCUUGGUGAGGAAAAAGACGACGGAAGCCUUUCAGAUACGGCAGUAGGCACCACAACGACAAAAAGUAAAAUAGUGGAACGGCCAGGGGGUGGAGGCAGUACUCGGGGAGGGGGUAAAAUGGCUCAGCUGGGUCUGUCUAAAAGGAGUAACAGCACCUCACAACUGAGUGUAACUG